GAAAUGUCCAGAACAGGCAAAUGCAUGGACAGAAAUCUGAUGAGUGUCUUGCUAGGGUUGGUGUUGGGAUGUGUGUGAUAACUGAACGGUAUUGGUUGGGAGAUGAUAACUAAAGUGUAUGGGUUUCUUUAUGACGUGAUAAAAAUGUUCCAAAAUUGUAGUGCUAGUUGUAUAUAUCCGUUAAUAUACUAAAAACCAUUGAAUGGUACAGUUUAAAUGGGUGAAUUGCUUGGUGUGUGAGGUAUAUCUCAAUAAAGUUGUUAGAAAAAAAAAGUCAUGCGACCAAUUCUUUCAACUACCAAGAGACUGAGGGCCCCAAACGUUAUUUCGAGUCCCUGUGGUGAACAAAGUGGUAUAGUUUAUGGGCGAGCAUCCGUUUUCACGUGUAAAAUAUUAAACAUGGAGCAGUGCAGUGGUUGGUACAGUGGCGAACAUUUAGUGUGACAGGAGAAAUCCUAGGCUGACCUCUGAGUCUUUCGCGAGCACCUGGGACGCCUAGGGACGCCUUGGGUCACCGCGCGCCCCUCCUCCGGGCCUGAGUCACCGCGCCGCCGGAGUCCCCACGCGAAGAUGCUGCGGUGAGCGCGGCUCGGACGCCGCGGGCCCUGGGGCGCUGCGUCGGGCUCUUGGCCGCCGAGCGGCGCCGCACGGGAAGCCGGCAGGCGGGCAGCUGCGUUCUCCUCCGGGCCGGGACUUCAGGCCGGCUCCUCCGGACCUCGUCAGCGGGCGGCAGCAGAGCCUGAGCCGCUCGGCCCCCGCCCGCCCGCGCCUGCCGUCCUUCCAUGGCGUUUAUCCGGAAGAAGCAGCAGGAGCAGCUGCUGCAGCUCUAUUCCAAGGAGAGAUUUUCCUUGCUCCUGCUUAACUUGGAAGAAUACUACUUUGAACAGCAUACAGCUCAUCAUAUUCAGCGUAAGGGCUUUCAGAAUGAAAGGAAAAUCAGAGGCUCCUUAAAAAUAUGUUCAAAAUCAGUUAUUUUUGAGCCAGAUGCAAUAUCCCAGCCCAUCAUUAAGAUUCCUUUGAGAGAUUGUAUAAAAAUAGGAAAACAUGGAGAAAAUGGAGCCCAUAGACACUUUGCAAAUGCAAAAUCCGGGGGGAUUUCACUCAUUUUCAGUCAGGUAUAUUUCAUUAAAGAACACAACAUAGUUGCACCAUAUAAAAUAGAAAGGGGCAAAAUGGAAUAUGUCUUUGAAUUGGAUGUUUCAGGGAAAGUGGAAGAUGUUGUGGAGACGUUGCUUCAGCUUCACAGAGCGUCCUGCCUUGACAAACUAGGGGACCAAACUGCUAUGAUAACAGCUAUUUUGCAGUCACGUUUGGCUAGAACAUCAUUUGACAAAAACAGAUUUCAAAGUGUUUCUGAAAAACUGCACAUGGAAUGCAAAGCAGAAAUGGUGACACCUCUGGUGACAAAUCCUGGACACGUGUGCAUCACUGACACCAACCUGUAUUUUCAACCUCUCAAUGGGUACCCGAAACCUGUGGUCCGCAUAACACUCCAAGAUGUCCGCCGUAUUUACAAAAGGAGGCACGGCCUCAUGCCUUUGGGCUUGGAAGUGUUUUGCACAGAAGAUGAUCUGUGUUCUGACAUCUACCUAAAGUUCUAUGACCCUCAAGACAGAGAUGACCUCUAUUUUUAUAUUGCUACAUAUCUAGAGCACCACGUCGCAGAGCGCACGGCAGAGAGCUACACGCUGCAGUGGCAGCGGGGGCACCUGUCCAACUACCAGUACCUCCUGCACCUCAACAACCUGGCCGACCGCAGCUGCAAUGACCUCUCCCAGUACCCCGUAUUUCCAUGGAUAAUCAGUGAUUAUUGCAGUUCGGAACUGGAUUUGUCAAAUCCAGGAACCUUCAGGGAUCUUAGUAAACCAGUAGGGGCCCUAAAUAAAGAACGGCUGGAGAGAUUACUGACGCGCUACCAGGAGAUGCCAGAGCCAAAGUUCAUGUAUGGCAGUCACUACUCUUCCCCAGGUUAUGUGCUGUUUUAUCUUGUCAGGAUUGCACCAGAGUAUAUGCUGUGCCUGCAGAAUGGAAGAUUUGAUAAUGCGGAUAGAAUGUUCAACAGUAUUGCAGAAACUUGGAAAAACUGUUUGGAUGGUGCAACAGAUUUUAAAGAGUUGAUUCCAGAAUUCUAUGGUGAUGAUGUCAGCUUUUUAGUCAAUAAUCUGAAGCUGGAUUUGGGAAAGAGACAAGGGGGGCAGAUGGUUGAUGAUGUAGAACUUCCCUCUUGGGCACAAAGUCCCGAGGACUUUCUGCAGAAGAGCAAAGAUGCACUGGAAAGUAAUUACGUGUCAGAGCACCUUCACGAGUGGAUUGAUCUAAUAUUUGGCUACAAGCAAAAAGGAAGUGAGGCCGUUGGGGCUCAUAAUGUAUUUCAUCCCCUGACCUAUGAAGGCGGCGUAGACUUGAACAGCAUCGAGGAUCCUGAUGAGAAAGUAGCCAUGCUAACCCAAAUCUUGGAAUUUGGGCAGACCCCAAAGCAGCUCUUUGUGACACCACAUCCUCGAAGGAUCACCCCCAAGUUUAAAAGUUUGUCCCAAACCUCCAGUCAUAAUGCUUCCAUAGCCGAUUCUCCAGUCUCUCCAGCUGAAGAGUCUUUUGAAGACCUGACUGAAGAAAGCAAAACACUGGCCUGGAAUAACAUCGCCAAACUGCAGUUACACGAGCAACAUAAAAUUCACAAAGAGACGGUUACUGGAAUAGCGGUGUCUUGCAAUGGGUCUUCAGUCUUUACAACCUCACAAGAUUCCACCUUGAAGAUGUUUUCUAAGCAAUCCAAAAUGUUGCAAAGAAGUAUAUCAUUUUCAAAUAUGGCUUUAUCAUCAUGUUUACUUUUACCAGGAGAUGCCACUGUCAUAAGUUCUUCAUGGGAUAAUAAUGUCUAUUUUUAUUCCAUAGCAUUUGGAAGACGCCAGGACACAUUAAUGGGACAUGAUGAUGCUGUUAGUAAGAUCUGUUGGCAUGACAACAGGCUAUAUUCUGCAUCAUGGGACUCUACAGUGAAGGUGUGGUCUGCUGUUCCUGCAGAAAUGACAGGCACCAAAAGACACCAGUUUGACAUGCUGGCCGAGCUGGAACAUGAUGUCAGUGUGGAUACAAUCAGUCUGAAUGCUGCAAGCACACUCUUGGUUUCAGGCACCAAAGAAGGCACCGUGAAUAUUUGGGACCUCACUACGGCCACCUUAUUGCAGCAGGUUCCAUGCCAUUCAGGAACUGUAUGUGAUACUGCUUUUAGCCCAGACAGUCGCCAUGUCCUCAGCACAGGAGAAGAUGGCUGUGUGAAUGUCAUCGAUGUGCAGACAGGAAUGCUUAUCUCCUCUAUGACUUCAGAUGAGCCCCAGAGGUGCUUUCUCUGGGAUGGAAACACUGUUUUAUCUGGAAGUCAGUCUGGUGAACUGCUUGUUUGGGACCUCCUUGGAGGAAAAAUCACGGAGAGAAUACAGGGCCAUGCAGGUGCUGUGACAUGUAUAUGGAUGAAUGAACAGUGUAGCAGUAUCAUCACGGGAGGGGAAGACAGACAAAUUAUGUUCUGGAAAUUACAGUAUUAAGUGCCUUUUCCUCUCCUGAGUAUUAAAUUGAACUCUAUUUAAUGUUAACUGUUAAAGGAACUGGUGAAUGUGCAAUGAUAGUAAUUAGAAGUUUUACCACAUGAGAAAUGUGUGGUUUUAAACUUUCUAAAUCAUGGUGACUUCAUUGAAAGCCAUUAGUUGCCACCUUUUAAGGCAGAUAAAGAUAUGACAGUGUUAGGGAGAAAACAUUACAUUUAUAAGGCAGAUGCUUGGUCAGAAGACACGUGUGAGUGGCAAAGCAAGUAGGUAAGAGAUACUAAACUGGGCUGGGUAAACUUCCAGAAAGCAUUGAACAAUUUAGAAUUUUCCAAGAAAACGUGCAGUAUUCUCUCCUUCCGAAUCACUCUAUUUUGUCUUACUGAUCUACACAAAUCCUGCCGAGUGGGUUUUUUGGGUAUGUGUUUUCAUGGAGUGGUUACUUUCUAUAACCUACUGUCCCCAGAUUCUGAGAACCUGGGGAAAGAUUAGCAGUUGUUUACUGUGUAUAGGAACCAUUUAUUUCAUUAUAGCUAUUAAAUGCUCAUCUUUUCUACAUUAAAAAUAUUUUUCUGUAACGAAAGCCAUUUUCAUUUUCUUAUUUAAAUGAUGUAUUACAAAGACAAAUACAUUUUAAGAACUUUAAGUAUCAAUCCUUCUAGAAAACCACACUUAGUGAGGUGAAUGUUGUUUGUACACUUUGGGAACUAUCUUCAGACCCAAGUCCAGAUAGCAAAGUAGCUGUAAGGCAGUAGCACUGAGUUUCUUUUUUGAAACACAGUAACUAUGUGAUUUAAAAAUGUUUUCUACUCUUUAAAAAUAUUAUUGUAUCUUGUAGACAGUAUGGCUGGGGGAAGAACUCGAAUCAGACCAGGGUGAUAGAAUUUUCAGUCAGUUUUAAGUGUCUUUAAACAUCACUUGGUCUGAGGUAUUGCUAGGGAGAGUCUACAGCCUGAGGUCCUGCUGCUCGGACCUGAGGGGUGCAGACCUGUCAAUCUGGGGUUCACAGCCAGAAGCACUUUUCCUGACACUCCUACUCUCCGCACAGAGGGCUUUUCUCAGGGCCCCUGGGUGUCAGCUGCGGUGGAGAUGAUGCGCUCCCAUGGGCCCAAGGUGAAUUUUCCAUGCCUGUUUUCUAGGUCAUGCACAAGUUUGGUGAAAGCCAUGGACAGUAUCCAAAUGAUGCAAUAAUGGGCAGACUAAAAUUUAACUUUAUUUAUACAUAUUUAAUUAGAGUAGGCAUAAACCACAAAGAAAAAAAGGCAGGAUAAAGUGUCAAUGCCAUUUUGUUUGCAGGGAGGAGUCAGGAAAUGGAACCAAUUACCAGGACAACAUUCUAAGACCAUCUCAAAGUAGCUAGGUUACAUACUGGUAAGAGUGAAAUAUCAAAAUUAGGUAUUAUGCCACUUAAUCUACAAAUGAAACAAGGGAGUCAAAAGUUUAUCCCACUUAUAGUAUAAGAAUUUUUACAUUAAAUAUAGUAGUUCACUUUUCAGAAAAUGAUACCAGUAACUUUUAGAAGAAAGAAGUUUCCGUUACACAAUGACUAGAGAAUCUCAAAUGUAACUAACUAAGCAGCGAUGCUAUAGCUCAGUAUGUAUCAUUAAAUUAUUCUGGGCUAGUGUACAUUUCAGUUUAGUAUAGAACUGCAUUUUGGGUUUCAGAAGGCAGCUAUAGUUAUAUUUUGGCUUUUAUUCUAGAUGCUUAACAUAGUUAAGGCGACAGUUCAAGCAUAUUAAUUGAAGGUAGUUAAAUUUUAAUAAUCAACACAAUAUCUUGCAACCUAAAUACACUGUGUAAUGCUUGCAUGGAAUGAAACCAGUGUUAUUUAAUUGGUGUUUUACAGAUGCACUAUACACACACACACACACACACACACACACAC